AUGCUCUUCUCCUCUCUCUUCUCCUCAUCCUCCUCCUCCUCCACCACAACCCCCCAAGAAACUCCCUCCUCUACACCCACCACUUCCGAACCCCCCACCACCACAAUGACAAGAUCCCCCUCGGACGAAUUCAACCCGCCGCUCCCGGCCCUCUGGACGCCCAAAACGAACCUCAAGCUCCUCCUCGGCGGCCUCGCCUUCUUCACAUUCAGCAUCUACAGCACGCGGCGGGCCAUGAACCGCAAAUUCCUCGCCAGCAUCCCACCAUACUACACAAGCAGCGUGUACCACAAGCCGAACGUCAGCGGCGGGGCGGAGGCAUUCGAGGCGCUGCAUCUGGCGACGAUGAACGUGCUGUCGUUCGGGAUGAUGGGUGCGGGAGGGCUUUUGUACGCGCUGGAUAUCAAUGGCGUGGAGGAUAUGAGGAGGUUCGUGAGGAAGGGCAUGGUGGAGGGGGAUGGGGCGUUGAUGCGCGGGGAGGAUAAGGAGUUGGAGAGGGAGGUGGAGGGGUGGGUUGAGAAGGUGCUUGGGGAGAAGUUUGGGAAGGAGUUGCAGAGGGAGAAGGAGAGGAGUGCUGCCGCCGCGGCUGCUGCUGCUGCUGGGGCGGAGAAGAAGGAGUGA